AUGGAGAGCCCAUUGCCUGAAGUGCCGUUGUUCAAAGUCUUCUCCUUCCUGGACGUAUUCGACUUGCUACGGGCUGGCCAAGUGAGCAAGUACUGGAAUAAGGUUGCAGACAGUGAUCGCCUAUGGAGAAACCUGUGUCUAAAAAAAUGGAGCUUCUACAACUUCCCCUGUGAGCACCUGGGCACACAGACAUGGAAGCGGUUCUUACUCAACCAAAUAAGGCAUGAGCAUCAGAUGGAAUUGGCACAGCCAGAGGACUUUAUCUACAAAAAAGCAACUGGCAACUUAGCACUUCAGAUCGCAAGUUUCCUGUUGCCAGUGCAUAUGGAGAGCCCUAUUUGGAUGGGAGUCAGUGAUGGAAAUAUGAUUGUCUUUGAGAGUGGGCCAUACCUGUUUCUCUUCACCAUCAAUGGCCUCCUGCUGCAACAAUUUGAUGACCACGAGCUGACCAUCUGUAACUUAUGGGUGGAUUCUCUCCAUGUCCUCACCACAUCCAUGGAUAACUAUCUGCACAUGUACAUGUGGGAAGAGGAAGGUCGUUAUCCAUACCUCAAGAGCUGUUUUCACCUGGAGCACAUAAAGAAUGAUUACACACCAAGCUGCUUUUUUUCCAAAGCAAUAUGUGAUAACACGAGCGUAGUAUGUGUGGUGUCAAGAAGUCGUGAAACCAGCAUUCUGGUGAUGUAUUCUUUGAACAUGUAAUAUGGAAGCUAAUGUAAUUAACCUUGCAUCAUUUUUCUCAAUAUAGUAAAGAGAGUUCUAUUUGCAAACCCAGAAUGAUUAUUUUAGUGAUAUCAGGAAAGAAGCAGUAAUUUAACUACCUAGAGCACAUCACACACUGUGACAGAUACUACAGGUCACACACUAUACAGAUAGAGUGUGGAGAAACAUAUCUUUUGUCCCUGCCAUCAAGGACAGUAUAGAAUACUAAGGUAGGAAAAUAUGAAUGGUCAUACAAAUGUGCAAUUCCAAACAAUUCAAG